AAAAGAAGAAAAUUCAAGAGAAUAAGUAGAAGCUGAAAGUUUUGUCAAAAAAAAAAAGUAGAAGCUGAAAGUGUUGAACCGCUUCUUCUCUCUGGAAGGAAGCUUCAAUGUCAGGUGAAGGUUCAUCUCGUAGCCGCGGUAAACGUCCUCUUCCCGAAGACAAUGACGAUUCCGCCAAAAAUCCACCAGCAAAGAGGGUUAGGUUUCCGAAGGGGAAGAAAGGGAAACCAGUUGAAGUAAUAGUGGAGAAAGUAAUUGCUAAGGAGGAUGUGAAUGAUUUGUCGAACCCGGCCGUUGCUGCGAAAGAGCGUGUGAAACGGAGGAAUCAAAUUACUGCUGAGCUUAUCAGUGACGAAAAUGGAGGUAUCUCCAAGGUUGCUGAAGUUACAUAUAAGGAAAAUGAGAAUUUUGUUGAAGACGGGAUUCAGAUUGAGCCUUUCAACCUAGAUAAAGAAAGGGAAGAAGGUUAUUUUGAUGCUUCCGGAAACUUUGUUGAAUAUGUAAGAGAUAAUGAGAUUAAGGAUGCAUGGCUUGAUAAUGUUGAGGUUGAUCCUAGAUAUGCUGGAUUAAGCUCUGUGGCAACAAAUGAUGAAGAGGAGGUCCAAGAGCUUUCUUCUAAAGAUGUGGCAAUCAUGAAGAGGCGCAUUGCAAAUGUUCUUGAACCAGAGGAAACAGUCUUACAAGGCUUGAGAAGGUUAAAAGGCAGCGGUGAUAGAAAGACAAAAAUGUCUGGUGAGACUAAGAUUGUAUUUGACCAGCUAACUGAGGAUGCUAUGAAACUUAUGGAGAAUGGUGAAUUCAAUGUUUAUCAUGAACAUAAAGAGGUUUUUGAGCGUGAAGCAGAUGGAUAUGAGAAAUUGGUCAGGGCAAGAGAAGAAGGCAUAUCUGGGAACUCGGAUGAUUUUGAUAUGUUUGCUGAUGAUGAUGGACAAGCUGCCACUAAGCCAUCUACAGCUGAAAAUAAUGCAGUUAGUGAACCAUCAUCAGAUGCCACUAAUUCUGGUACAGAGGGCGGAGCUUUGCAAAGUGACUAUGUGUAUGAUGAAUCUUCUGGGUAUUAUUACAGCAGCAGUUUGGGCUAUUACUAUGAUCCAAAUACAGGGCUUUAUUGCUCUGCAGCAUCAGGGAAAUGGUACUCCUUUAAUGAAGAGACUGGCACCUAUGAUGAAGUUAAUGAGGUUGCAUCCAAUUUGAGUUGAUGGGCAUGUCUCGGGAGUAUAGACAGUUCAUUAACAUAUCCACAAUCAUUGUCUUCCAGUGGCAUAUGUACAGACAGAAACAUUAUUCUUUUUUUUUUCCCCACACUUUCUACUUGUUUAGGUGCUGCAAGUUUUUCUUCUGCCUUAACACACAUACUCUUUCGACCUGCAAGUUCCAAUAGCAUGUUUCUGUGUUGAUAUUGCGAAGAAAACUUGUGAUCGUGCUGAGCAAGCCGUUACAGCAGAAACAAACACAGCAGUCGUCAGUUUACGCUCCAAAUUUCAAAUUUAUUUCUGCUUGUGCAAUUGGAUAGCUGUUUACUUUGGCGCCAAAUUUAGGACGUUCCUAAUGUGUUGCUUGCUGUGAGUACUAGUGGCUUUUUUUUCUCAAGGUAGUCACUUUUUUUUUUUACAAUAGUACUAGUCACACUUUAUUAAUGAAAAUAUUUUAUAUUUUUAUAUAUGUGCUGUAAAAAUAUUAUGCAUCAGUACAUCGUUUAUUCUCUUAUUGACAUA